GGGCGCCGCGCCCGCCCAGGCUACUCCUUCCGCCGCGGUUUUCCGCCCCCUUGCCGCCCUGCCCUCUUACCGGCGGCUCCGCCUCCGCGCCGCCGGCCGCCUCGCCGAACCCGCCGCAACCCGCUUGCUCGCACCGCCGCCGCCCGAAUUCUUUACUCCACCAUUCGUCCGCGGCCCCGUCCCACCUCGCAACGCAACCGAGCCACGCCACCCGCGAGGUCCACGACCCGGUCCAAGUACAGCGACAAGAGCCAGGCGCCCAGGCCGUCCCUGCCCAGCUGCGCUCGGCUCUCGUCUUCCUCCUCCUCCUCCUCCGCCUACCUAUAUAACCAGGCGGGCCGCGGGGCAACCAAUGGUUCUCCCGCUCCGCCUGAUCCCGCGCUUGGCUGCCGCAGCCAGGUCGCCGCGCGCUCCCCGGUCCAUCUCGCCGCGCGCGCGGUCAGUGCCGGCUCUCACAAUGGCGGCGGCGUACAGCACCGGGUCCGGCGCGGGCAGGAGGCUGCUCUUCAGGCAGCUGUUCGAGAAGGAGAGCUCCACGUACACCUACCUCCUCGCCGACGUCGCCGACCCCGACAAGCCCGCCGUGUUGAUUGACCCUGUCGACAGAACAGUUGACAGAGAUCUUAAUCUUAUCAAGGAAUUGGGCUUGAAGCUCGUGUAUGCUAUGAAUACUCAUGUGCAUGCUGAUCACGUCACUGGAACAGGAUUAAUAAAAACUAAGGUACCAGGAGUUAAGUCUGUUAUUUCUAGAGCUAGUGGAGCAAAAUCAGAUCAUUUUGUUGAUCAUGGGGACAAAUUACAGUUUGGUAACCUUUUCCUUGAGGUUCGAGCUACUCCUGGCCACACUGCUGGCUGUGUGACUUACAUAACAGGUGAUGCUGAUGGUCAACCUUCACCAAGGAUGGCUUUUACCGGGGACGCCUUGAUUAUUCGAGCAUGUGGAAGGACAGACUUUCAGGGAGGAAGCUCUGAUCUGCUAUAUCAGUCGGUGCAUUCACAGAUUUUCACAUUGCCAAAGGAUACCCUGCUUUAUCCUGCCCAUGAUUACAAAGGUUUCACAGUUAGUACUGUUGAAGAGGAGGUUGCCUAUAACGGCCGACUAACGAAAGAUAAGGAAACUUUCAAGACCAUCAUGGAUAACUUAAACCUGCCUUAUCCAAAGAUGAUUGAUGUAGCUGUACCCGCCAAUUUGGUGUGUGGCAUCCAGGAUCCACCACCGAAGAUCUGAGCUGUUCCAACCGAAGCCAGCAGCUGAGUUGUACAAAAAAUAAUCUGUUUGCUGCCGCCUGUGAUUUUGUGAGAAAAUAAUUUAGUCAAUGGAUGGUGUGGGCCUCUGGUUGUAACUUGCAAGACACUACUAUUUGAUGAUAUCAGUGAGAAUGACACUAAUGAUAAAUGAAGCCAGUUUGUCUCCCCUCUUUUA